CCCACAGACCAGCCUGCCUCUGAGGCGGAGAGGGAUGCCGAGGCCCGGGCAUGGAGCUGCCGGAUCCGGUUCGCCAGCGGCUGGGGAACUUCAGCCGGACAGUGUUCAGCGACUCCAGCCGAACCGGGCCGGAGUACAACGAGGGUCCGGAUAAUGAAAUGGUCUCCAGUUUGGCAUUGCAGAUGUCACUUUAUUUUAACACUUACUUUUUUCCACUUUGGUGGGUGAGCUGCAUUAUGAUGCUUCAGAUAAAGUAUUCAAUCUUGCCUGAUUACUACAAAUUCAUCGUGAUCACUGUUAUCAUCCUAAUAACCUUAAUUGAAGCCAUCCGGUUAUAUCUGGGCUACAUGGGUAACCUACAGGAGAAGGUUCCUGAGUUGGCUGGCUUUUGGCUUUUGAGCCUUCUAUUGCAGUUACCUUUAAUUCUUUUCUUGCUCUUUAAUGAAGGGCUAACGAAUCUGCCCUUGGAAAAGGCGGUACAUAUCAUCUUCACUCUCUUCCUUACUUUCCAAGUUGUUGCAGCAUUUCUUACUUUGAGGAGAAUGGUCAAUCAGUUGGCAACUCGUUUCCACCUCCAAGACUUUGACCGGCUUUCUGCAAAUAGAGAAGAUGCGAGAAGGGUGAGGUCAUGUAUAGAAGAGAUUUGACCCAGUGCUGUUUAGUGAAAAUCUGAAAGAUCAUUCUAGAAGACAGCAAGAGUUAGGAACACAUCAUAGAUCCAGCAUGUGAAAAGGGACAAAGCAAGUAUUUUGAAUUUUGUACUAUCUAGCUCUGAAAUUCCGAAGUUGGGGGCAAUGAUAAGACUUUGUAUAGUACGUAAAAGCACUACAUGUGAACCCUAGAACCUAGAUAUUGUCUACUUGAUGCCAAAUUUCUUAAUUUUUUUGAUGUUGUUGACUUUUUGAGGUGUAUAGAAAUCUAUUACUGGUUGUAGUUUACCAGCUUUACUGUAAUAUUUCUAGUUAUGGUCUGUAACUAGAAAUGUGUACAUUUUCCAUAAACUCACUGGUUAUCCGUAUCUUGGCUGAUCAAUAUCUAACUGUGUUUCUUGAAGCACAUGGAAAUGCCUAACAAUAUUCUUGUGUAUUAGACUAUAUUUAUAAACCAAGAGACCAAAUUUUCAUGCCUGCUAGGGUCAAAUUCUAACCUCAGUCUUUAUUAUACUGAGGUUAAGAAGAAAACAGGUGGAUUAUCAUGAUAUUUAGGAAUAUUUUUGUUAUAAAAUUGUAACUUUCAUAAGGCCAUUUUCAGUAUUUGUGUUGGUGGUGGGGUGCAAAUGUUUUUACAAUAAAUUAUAAAAUAUUAAUGUUGAAGUGUCAGCAAUAAAUCAUUCCUGUCUUGUGCAGUU